GCAGGGAGAGACAGCACUGCCAUUCAGAGGAGAGACUGCGUGGAUGUGCACUUGUAUAGGAAGUACCAUUUAGCAGACACUGUUAUCAGAGAGAGUUACAGGAGCAAUUAGGUUUAAGUGCCUUGCUCAAGAGCACAUUUACAGAUUUUUUUACCUUGUCGGCUCGGGGAUUCAACACAGCGAACUUUCGGUUACUUGCCCAACGCUCUUAACCCCUAUGCUACCUGUGGCAUGUAUUAGUAUGUGCAGCAUGAUUGGUGUGUAUGUGGCCUGUAUGUGGGUGUAGUAGGUCUGUGUAUGUUUAUAGGAGGUCUGUGUGUAUUACAAGAUAGUGUGUGUGGAGAAGGUGGUGUGUAGGCAGUAAGUGUGUGUGUGUGUGUGUGUGUGUGCGCAUUGACUGUCAGUCAAUCAGUUGGUGAACUUUAACCACACGCUCCCCUCCCUGUGGUUGUCAUGGAAGGCGGUAGCGAGUUGGUGAUUCGGUUACCGGGACGAUCCCAUUCCCCGGACAACAACGGCAGCAGUAACUUUGGGUUAGGCGAGUUUGGCCAGACAAUGGUGUUAAGGCACAAAGAGGUUCACCACUUCUUCUUGGCCCCCUUCAGGGAGCAGCCGAUCUACAGCACGCGGGCCCAUGCGUUCCAGAUUGACCCCAACACCAAGAAGAACUGGGUGCCCACCAGUAAACACGCUGUCACUGUGUCCUACUUCUAUGACAGCACCCGCAAUGUUUACCGCAUCAUCAGCCUCGACGGCACCAAGGCGAUAAUCAACAGCACCAUCAGCCCCAACAUGACCUUCACAAAGACGUCUCAGAAGUUUGGCCAGUGGGCCGACAGCAGAGCUAAUACUGUUUAUGGCUUGGGCUUCUCUACUGAACACCACCUGACCAAGUUUGCAGAGAAGUUUUCAGAGUAUAAGGAGGCAGCACGUCAGGCCAAGGGAAAAAGUCAAGAUGGAAAGAUGGAACUAGCCACCUCUCCCUCUCAGGAGUCGCCAGCAGGUGAACUCUCUUCACCUCUGACUCCUGUGACUCCUCCCGCCAUGGACAACAUCAACGGGACAGAUGACCCCUGUGACAUCACACCCGAACCCCGUCCUGAACCGUCUCAGAACGCACUGGCUUUCACACACAGCCCCUCCAUCAAUAAGCACUGGGAGGCAGAGCUAUCAGCUCUAAAGGGGAACAAUGCUAAGCUAACAGCCACUCUGCUGGAGUCCACAGCUAACGUAAAACAGUGGAAACAACAACUGGCUGCCUACCAGGAGGAGGCCGAGAGACUCCACAAACGGGUGACUGAGCUAGAGUGCCAGAACACCCAGACCCCUGUGAUCAAAUCCCAGAAGACGGAGCUAAACCAGACCAUUGAGGAACUGGAAAGCACUCUGAAGGAUAAAGAAGAGGAAAUGGAGCGGUUGAAAGAGGAAGUGGAGAACGCUAACGAGCUGCUAGAGCAGAGACACUCCUUGACACAGAAACUACUGGAGACGGAGUUGCAUGGGCGAGUGUUAGAGGAGCAGCUCCUGGGAGCUGAGCAGCGAUUGGAAGAAAGUCAGGAAGAGCAGGAGAACUUCAGGAAGAGCCUAAGGACCCUACUGGAGAUGCUGGAUGGGAAGAUAUUUGAGCUGACAGAGCUCAGGGACAGCUUGGCCAAGCUCAUAGAGGGCAGCUAGUUAAUCACACACCACCUACCACUGGCCAACACACUGAAUUACACAUAGACACACUGACCCCUACUGGCAGAGUCAGAGAACUACACACACAGAUACACCACAUGAUUGACAUGGCUCCUAUAGAGCUCACUGGCUCACAGCGCCCCUUAAUGUUAGACAUACAGAACAGCACUCUCACCUUCUGCCAGACCCAUAGAACAAUAAUAUACACUGCUGCCAGACCCACACAACAACAUAACCCAGUGCUGAUGACAUAGAACAGCACCCCUUAUUGGCUCCUAGGUGUAUUGUAACUGCACCCUCUCCUUCCAAAAUAACCUCCUGCAGCUGCUGCCACACUGCCCUCAGCUGUUGAACACACAGAACAGGUGCCCCAUGCGGACUCUCUGAACAUAUGUCUGAGCAACGACAUCCUUUGCAGACUGACAGAACAGCAACCCUUUCUGGUAGACUCACAGGAAUACGGCUUUACAGUUAAUUCAUAUACAGUAUUCAGUAUCUGGCCCAUGCAGAAAUAAAACCCACAAAUCUAAUGUUGCCAGCACCAUAUUACAACACGCUGAGCUAUUGAAAAUCACAGAACUACAGGAGAGCCCUAAAUCAACCACUGAAACCCACAGAGCAGAAGCAGGAGUCAUGUCCAACACACAAACACACACCUUGGCCUAGGAUUUACAAAGGCUGCUGUAAAUUGGAGUACUGUUUACAUUGAUGUUCAAGUCUUCAUGAGUAUGACUGAACCUUCGCAAUACAAAAAUAGUAUAGUAUACUAUGACAAGAGAAUCUUCCAGAAGCAUUGGUCAUGCUUUAUUUAGAACUCCAGGUUGCCUAGCGCUUAAGAGCAUCCCUGAGCCGGCAAGGUGGAAAUAUCUGCUGUUCUGUCCUUGAGCAAGGCAGUUAAGCCCCAACAACAACUGCUCCCUGGGCGCAGAUGAAGCCAAUUAAGGCAGCCCCAGCACCUCUCUGUUUCAGAGGUUGGGAAACUGACUCUUGACUGGGAAAUGUCUUUAUGGUUUAUUCCUCACUUCUUAUUCCACCAGCCCAACUGGUUGAUUUCUCACUUCUUAUUCCACCAGCCCAACCCCAGAGACCUGGGGAAUGUUCCCUCUAAACUGCACACACUUCCUCCAGGACUGCAGUGCAGAAGAAAUGCCAUGCUGUGCUCAGAGAUGCAAGAGAUUGAAAUUCACUGAGUUCGCCCUAUAUAGAUCAACGUCUUUCCUGUGAUUCAAUCAACAUUAUAUCACACCCUUUUCAAUGCAACAAAACAAAUCAAACUCUGCCAGAUUGAGUCUGUGAUUGUGUUGUAGGCAAGGCCAGUGCACAACGGAGUAGAAUUAUAUUGUCUGGGGUAGCCCACAAGCAUCUUUCAAUCACCAAGUGAAUGCGCUUUUCAGAUGAUUUCAGAUCAGAGUGCAGAGCCGUGCAAGUGCACAUUUGUUGAUAUUCUUUGAUAGUUAGUUAUUAGACCAGUUACAGAUAAGUAUAGGUCAGCAAUGGGGAGUUACUGCUUCCUACAAGAGCACAAACCUUGUAGGCUACAUUUCAAGCACUUGUUGAAAGGCAAGUCAGAUAAGAAGCUUUUGUCUUAAUUAAAGGGGCAAUGUAUUUUGAGUCAGGCUUGAAUAUGCAAAUAGGCCAAUAGACAGAGGGGUAGCCUAUAUUGUCUAAUUCUCUGUAUGGUAAUAGUAAUUCAUUUUAUUUUGUGAAAUGGUUUCUUCCAUCAUACCACACAAUGUAAUCACCUUUUUGGCCCAUGGUGUUACAGACCAAGUAAAAAAUAAUUGAUUAAUAUCAAUGUAAAAACAUUUUUAAAAGCCUCAUGAAGUGUAGGCCUGCAUUGAACAACACAUAUAGGCUACUGUAGCGCAUAGAAAACAAAAGCUAUUUCCAUGUGAAAAUGUUAUGGGAUUUUCUCCUUUGGUUGUGUUGGUAGGCCUACCAUUAAGUUCAAAUAGCCAUAAUAGCCUAUUGGCUACUUACUAAAACUGUAAGGGUACAGCCUCAGUGUUCACUGUAAAUGCGCGCUGGAAAUUGCACAGAAUUCUCACAAUGUUCAAUUUUCAGCUCACAAGACCUAAAAUUUGCUCAGUGCCCCCCAAAAUUUGAGGAAACAUUGGACCUGGGGUUUGGUGAAACGUUUCAGAACGUUUCAAGCAGUUCAGAGUUAACCCUGUUCAUUUGAAAGAUGUUUAAAUGUUUUAAAAUCUUACACAUUCUGAAUCCACCCUUACUUCCUCCUGAACAGAGAACUGACCUUAUCUUCCUGCAAAGCUUGGGGCAAUGUGUGUGUUACUGAAUAGGUUCUGAACUCUACACUGCUUGAGUGUGUUGGAGUGUGUGUAUGUGUCUAGAGAGACACAUGCACAAAGAGGCCUGUAUACACACUGAGCAAAACCAGACAUUCUCUGGAUGACAGACACUUUAAUCUAACAAUCAGUUAUUCAACUCAGUGGUCUGACUCGGACACCAAGACUGCACCUCAAAUGACACUCUAUUCCUCAUAUAGUGCUUUACUUAUUAAAAGAUGCAUAGAAAGACAUAGGUAGUUAGAAAGAUAGAUAGUUGUAUAGUUUAUUUAUGUAACUCUUCAAUAAAAAAAGCAUAGUAUGACAUUUAUGCAUCGGCAUUUUAAAAUUAAAGAUUAUAAUAUGGCUCAAAGCAUAAAUGCCAUAUGUGCAAGGAAAUAAGAAAAACUGUACCAUUCAUGUGUCUCUACUGCACUUUAAGGGGAAUAAGGGGAAGAGAUGCACCCUAAAACUCUUUGGUCUCAGAAACACUGGGUACACCCACAUGAAAAAAUACUAUGGUUUACUAUAGAAUACUACCAUACUUACAAUAGAAUUAUGUAGUAAACUGUUGUAUACUGUAGAAUACUAUACUACACACUGUAGUAUCCCUUGAUCAUAUGUAGGACUUUACAUACUAUAGAACCGAGGAGGCUGGUGGGAGGGCUAUAGGAGGACGAGCUCAUUUUAAUGGCUGCAAUGGAGUAAAUGGAACAGAGUCAAACAUGUGGUUUCCGUAUGUUUGCUGUUUGAAACCAUUUUAUUUAUUCAAUUCCAGCCAUUGCAAUGAGCCGAUCCUCUUAUAGCUCCUCCCACCAGCCUCCUCUGCCAUAGAAUGUUGUAGUAUACUAUAGAAUACUAUAGUAUUAUCUGCAAAAAAACACUGUAGUAUAUACUAUAUAGAUCAGGGGUGGGCAAAUCCUGUCCUCGAGGGCCUGAUUGGUGUCACACUUUUUCUCCAUCCCUAGCAAACA